UUACAUUGAUUUUCUUGGUGUCUCAGUUGCUGAUAUAGAAUGGGUUUGAUUAAAAUUGCUGUUUUGGUGGUUCUCUACCUUCAAUUGGUAUGGCAUGAUGAUCAAGUUGGUGCUAACUCUGUCCAGGAUAGUUUUAGCCAGGAAGAUGCUGAGGGGUCCGGUUAUGAUGACACCACCUUAAGCCUGGAUGAUGCUCAGUGUUCUGGUUCUGUGAACGCCACUUGCAGCGAGGAUGAUGCUGAGGGUUCUGGUUCUGUAAACACCACUUUCAGCCAGGAUGAUGCUGAGGGUUCUGGUUCUGUGAACACCACCUUCAGCCAGGAUGAUACUCCGUGUUCUGGUUCUGUGAACGCCACUUGCAGCGAGGAUGAUGCUGAGGGUUCUGGUUCUGUAAACACCACUUUCAGCCAGGAUGAUGCUGAGGGUUCUGGUUCUGUGAACGCCACCUUCAGCCAGGAUGAUACUCAGUGUUCUGGUUCUGUGAACGCCACUUGCAGCGAGGAUGAUGCUGAGGGUUCUGGUUCUGUAAACACCACUUUCAGCCAGGAUGAUGCUGAGGGUUCUGGUUCUGUAAACACCACUUUCAGCCAGGAUGAUACUCCGUGUUCUGGUUCUGUGAACGCCACUUGCAGCGAGGAUGAUGCUGAGGGUUCUGGUUCUGUAAACACCACUUUCAGCCAGGAUGAUGCUGAGGGUUCUGGUUCUGUGAACGCCACCUUCAGCCAGGAUGAUACUCCGUGUUCUGGUUCUGUGAACGCCACUUGCAGCGAGGAUGAUGCUGAGGGUUCUGGUUCUGUAAACACCACUUUCAGCCAGGAUGAUACUCCGUGUUCUGGUUCUGUGAACGCCACUUGCAGCGAGGAUGAUGCUGAGGGUUCUGGUUCUGUAAACACCACUUUCAGCCAGGAUGAUGCUUAUGGUUCUGGUCCUGUGAACACCACCUUCAGCCAGGAUGAUGCUCAGGGUUCUGGUUCUGUGAACACCACCUUCAGCCAGAUUGAGGCUUAUGGUUCUGGUCCUGUGAACGCCACCUUCAGCCUGGAUGAUCCUGAGGGGUCUGGUUCUGACUGGGUGUGACUGAGUGGUCUAGUUUUGGGCCACACAUCCACUGAUCUAAUCAUUCUCUAGUCUAAGGAGAAUUGCAAUAAGGAGUUUAGCCAAUUUUCACAAGAGAUUUGAGACUAACUGUCAAUC